GGCGGAAGCGCCGCUCUCAGGCCCGGCCAGCCCACCAUGCACGCCCACCGGCUGCCCUUCCUCCUCCUGCACGCCUGGUGGGCUCUGCUCCAGGCGGGCGCCGCCACGGUGGCCCCAGGGCCCCUACGUACGCGGGGGCAGGUCUCAUCGCCGUCCCCUCUCGCGUACAUGCUGAGCCUCUACCGCGAGCCGCCGCGUGCGGACAUCACCCGCAGCCUACAGGCUCAAGAUGUGGAGGUGGAUGGGCAGAACUGGACCUUUGCUUUCGACUUCUCCUUCCUAAACCAAGAAGAGGACCUGGAGGGGGCUGAGCUCCGGCUGCAGCUGUCCAGCCCUGUGGACCUUCGCCCAGAUGUCCCGCUCUCCGUUGAGAUUUUCCACCAGCCAAAGCUGGAGGCGGAUCAGGACCCAGCUCACUGCCUAGAACGUCUUCAGAUGGAACUGUUCACUGUCACUCUGUCCCAGCUGACCUUUUCCUCGGGCAGCCUGGUCUUGGAGGUGACCAGGCCACUCUCCAAGUGGCUGAAGCACCCUGGGAAGCUGGAGGAGCAGAUGUCCAGUCUGGCUAGAGAGUGUUGGCAUCGGCCUCCCACACCACCUGUCACCGACGUGCUCCUCCUGCUGUAUUCCAACCUCUCCCCCGAGCAGAGGCGGCUGGGUGGCUCCACUUUGCUGUGGGAAGCUGAGAGCUCCUGGCGGGUCCAGGAGGGACAGCUCUCCCGGGAGAGGGGCAGGAGGCACCCUCGACAUCACUUGCCAGACAGAAGCCAACUGUGUCGAAAGGUCAAGUUCCAGGUGGAUUUCAACCUGAUCGGAUGGGGUGCCUGGAUCAUCUACCCCAAGCAGUACAACGCCUAUCGCUGCGAGGGCGAGUGUCCCAACCCUGUGGGGGAGGAGUUCCACCCGACCAACCACGCCUACAUCCAGAGUCUGCUCAAACGGUACCAGCCCCACCGAGUCCCUUCUACCUGCUGCGCCCCAGUGAAGACCAAGCCACUGAGCAUGCUGUACGUGGACAAUGGCAGAGUCCUUCUAGACCAUCAUAAGGACAUGAUCGUGGAAGAGUGUGGGUGCCUUUGAGGAGAUCUGGAGGGGUGCUGGAUUUGCCGGUGCCCUGGAAGGUCGGGAAGCUCCUGGAAGACAAGAUAAGCAUCCAAUCCAAUGAGGAAAACAGAGGGAAAAGCUGCUCUGUCCACCAGACCUGAGAAGGAAGGGCCGCCCACCCUGUCAUGAAGGCGUUGUGGAGUCGGGCUACACUGAGGCCGCUGU